CGUGUACGUGAAAAGAGUUCCUUAUAGUUUUCCAUUUCCUUUUGAACCAUAUAUAUUAUUUAUGACUCGUCGCGAUUGAUAAUUCUUCAUCCGCAAAUUGUGAGACUCCUUGGACUUCUAUUAUUGAACUGGAUCCAUCGGUUGGAUAUGAAGAAGGUCAGGAUACAAAUUCGAUCAGAUGCAUCGUCGUAUUCAAAAGUAGGAUGUUGGAGUAUCCUAAAAAAACAAGCGGCUGAAUUUUGCUCCAACACCGGAUUACAUGGUUACAAGUACAUCAGCCAAACUGAACGUCCCAAAGCGGAAAGGAUUAUUUGGGCGAUAACGGUACUUUCGUCAUUAUGCUGUGCUAUAGUUUUAAUGAAUAUGUCUUGGAAUUAUUAUGCCAGUCGUCCUACGCUGACAGUCAUUGAAUCGACGCAUUAUGGAAUAUGGAAUUAUCCAUUUCCUGCAAUAACAGUAUGCAAUAUUAAUCGCAUAUCUUACAACUUGACUAAGGAGUUUGUCAAAAAUUUGAAAACACCACCUAAUAUGUCAAAAGAAUUUCUUAUUCAAGAAAUGCGAUUAAUAAACGAAUUGUUAAUACCUGGAACAUUCGGACAUGAUGUCCAGAAGAAUCUUACUCGUUUACAAUAUAUUAUAGAUGAUAACCGAAUGUCCAUUCUUGAUGUAGUAAAAUUGAUUUCGCAAAAUUGCAGCACUCUAUUGAGAUUAUGCAGAUGGAAAGGCACGCUUGAUCGAUGUGACAGAUUCUUCAAGCAAAGCUUUUCACGGGAUGGCAUGUGCUGCAGUUUUAAUUAUUACAUUUUUCCAGAAAUAACAGAAGAAAAGUAUGAACACCUUUUUUACAAAGAAAUUUUGCGUUAUAGGCAUAAUACUGAAAAUUUAAUGCAGCGAAGUGCUUCCUGCGGGUUCGAGACUGGAAUGUCUAUGAUAAUAAAUGGUAACCCUGAUGAUUAUCACGCCACUAUUCUCGGAGCAUAUGGAAUAAAGGUCAUGGUACACCACCCGUUCAAUUAUCCAGAUUUUAAUGCCGAAAUGCAAUUAGUACAAUUAAAUAGCGAACAUUUCGUGAGUAUUAACCCCUCGGUAAUGUAUUCAAAACCCGAAGUGAAGAAUUUGGCGGUUUCUACACGAAAAUGUAUAUUUACCGAUGAGGCAAACAAAAUAUUAUAUUCAAAAGUCAAAGCUAGAAAUUUAACUUUCGCGACGUAUUCAUAUCACAACUGCAUUGCAGAAUGUCGAGUUACUUUUACAAAAAUAAAGUGCGGUUGCAUCCCUUAUUACUUUCCACAAAAUAGUACCAGAAUAUGUAAUCUCAGAGACGUCCAAUGUUUAAAAAGAUAUAAGUCGAUUUUCGAUACUUCAUGGCCAAUGAGUCAACAUGACCAAAAUCUAUCAAAAUCUCUCCAAGAAUUAAGCAGUAUUAAAAAAGGACCUUGCGGAUGCAUACCAGAUUGCUCUCUGCAUCAUUAUUCUGUAGAAAGCUCCUUUGGAACGCUUGAUCCUACUCUUUAUUUUAAUGAAGAAGGUUUCUCAAAGAACCCUCGUAAUGCCACCAGCAUGCGCAAUCAUAGUAUAAUACAUGUAUUCUUCAAUGAUUUAGUCGCCUUUCAAUAUCGACAAUCAGUCAAUUAUAGUUGGCGUAAUUUGUUCGCAUCAUUCGGCGGUUUACUCGGAUUGUUUGCUGGUUUCAGCCUCAUGUCAAUCUUUGAAUUUCUAUAUUUCUUUGUGAUACGCACAAUAAUUGAGGCAUACUUCAAUUCAACAAAACACAGAAAUGUGCAAUAACAUACUAAUAAACUCUAAUUAGAAAUAAUUAACAUCAGAAGCAAUUGCCACAAUAAUUC